UCUAAACGAUUCCUCCUCUCGUGUUUUGAUAGAAGCCUCGACUCCCAUCUUACAUAUACGCAGAUCUCACCACUCCCCUCAUUUUCAGCAAACUCAGUUCUUGUAAUAUUAUAAUAAGGCUGUCUUGUGCUUUCAACACCCACGCUCAGCACCACUACCUGAUGCGCUUCAUUACCUCGUGCAGCCGUUCGCAUAACUUGCAACAUAAUAUCAAAAUUCUUUGGGGUCACGCUGACAGCUGUCAUAUCGGUGGUUGCCUGUUAACAAUUUGGAUGGAUGUUGUCGGGCUGGUAUACCAUUACGGGUAUAUACCGUUUAAUAAUUAGACUACGCAACCAAUAACUAACUUUAAAUAUGCACCAAAGCAAUGGAAAUCCUGGGUUUGACAUUUAGAAAAUGAGGUGCCAACAUUGCCGAACUCCAUUUACUGUGCAACUGUUUUUGCACUAUAUAGUUUCUCUGCUAGAACCUAAAUACCCAGCUUUUUAACUAGCUAUUGACAAUUUGUUGACGCAAUAGCUAGGACAGAGCGUUAAGGCUACACAAAAUAUUUAAGGUAAGGUACACCUAUCUGGCUAUUUGUGCUACAGAUGUUAGUCUCGCUGCAGCAGAGAGACACUCCAGUCGUCUGUGUUGGGGACAAGGCAUAUAGAGAUGCUCUAAAAGGUUCAUUUUUGGACUAUACAGACUCGGACAGUAGAAACAAGUCUUGAAGAGGGGUAUUUAAUUGUGCCUACUUAUAAAGCCCAUUCAUUUCUAAAUAAGGAUGGUGAGACCGUGGUACGAUAGUAUUGUGUUUCACUCUGGGAAUUCGUGCUCCAGUUUCUGAACGUCUUGCAAGCUUAUCUGCCUGGUGCUGUAAUCCUAGGAAGCUAACUACAACUUGCAAGAGCAGGAGGGGCCAGUUAUUGUUUAAUACUGACUACUGCCAAGGUAAAGGUGUUGGAGCUCUCCAUAGCCUGUUUAUACACCUGUCAGACAGCGUUGGUUGAUUUAUUGCCGGAUCUGGAAGGAUCUCAUUGCUUCUCAUCGUUUCGAUGUGGCUGUCUUCAUUUGCCGAGUCUAAGCUGGGAAUACAAAGAAGUGUUGCAUCCCAUCUUCUUCGUUUCUCGAAAAGGACAUUUUUCAGUCCAGUUUUUCACAUUUACCCCCUGCCACAUCUGUUCCAAGCAUGCCAGCAAAAUUGUUGGUGGCUUUUUUACUUCUGUCUGUGCUUCAAGCCUGUUCUAAAAAAGUUGAAGAUGAUGAAUAUGAAGAUUUAACACUAAAUGAAAAAUGGGUGCUGGCUCCCAAAAUACAAGAUACGGAUGCUACUCAAAUCCUUAACACACUGCUGAAGGACUAUGAUAAGAAACUGCGACCUGAUAUUGGAUUAAAACCAACCAUCAUAGACGUUGACAUUUAUGUGAACAGCAUUGGACCUGUGUCAUCCAUAAAUAUGUGGAUCAACAGUGUCAUGAAAAUGAGAGUGAAACUGAUAUGGACCUGUGCUGGUCCUUGGCGGAUUCAAAACUCAUGUUAUAUCACAUAA